CGCCCAACCAAACCAAAAUACGCAAGCAUCAAACACUCACUACAUCGCGUUUCGCGACCUCACUCCGCGCAACCAACUACUGCGGAAGGAGGGCCAAGUUUUUGGUGGUUGAAGCCGUGUCUAUCCUUCCCGUAUAUGUUGUUCUUUAGUGAAUUUUGUGGAUUUUCCUUUUUUCGCGCACUGCAUCUGGUGUAAAGUGCAUUCUAAUCUGUCGGAGGACAGAUUAGUAGGCUGAAUAGAAAAAAAUCGAGUGCAUCCAAGGUUGAGCUGUGCAGUGGUUGCUGCGUAGGGUAGUGUUUCGAAAUCGCAUCAGAAGGACGGAGCGACUAGCCUACUGAGCGAAAGCACAUCGCAGAUACGCAUUCAUUCGACAGUAGGGCCGGACGGAACAGUAUAGUGUGGUGGUGUGGUGGCUGGAACCGUAGCAAGCGAUGACCUGGGAGCAUUUGGAACGUGGCAGUUCGCCCGUUGAUUGGUGCGAAGGCAACUAUCUCAUUUCGCCGGAUAUAGCCGAGUUUGUCAACACGGUGAGCAACAUCCUGUUUCUGGUCGGUCCGCCAUUUCUCAUCUACCUGUUCAAAGACUACGGGAAGUUCAUCCAGCCGGCCAUCCAUAUGAUAUGGAUCCUGUUGAUCGUGGUUGGUCUCAGCUCCGCCUACUUUCAUGCCACGCUUAGCCUACUGGGUCAGCUGCUGGACGAGCUGACCAUUCUGUGGGUGUUCAUGGCCACGCUGAGUUUGUUCUGCCCCAGGCGACACUUUCCGCGAAUUUUCAAAUAUUCUAGGAAACGCUUCUGUAUUUCUAUGUCUGUGUUCUCUCUUACGGCAACAGCCUUGUCAGUGUGCUACCCGGCAGUUAAUGCGUUUGCUUUGAUGUUGCUGGCGAUCCCUGCCACCUAUCUUUUGUACAAGGAACUACAAAUCGUUGCGGAUAAGCGGGUCUACCGGUUGGGCGUCCGCAAUACCACAAUCCUGGUGGUAGCCAUCGUGUGCUGGAUCAACGACCGGAUGUUUUGCGAUGCGUGGUCGCGCAUGAACUUCCCAUACCUGCACGGGUUUUGGCACAUUUUGAUCUUCAUUUCGGCCUAUACGGCUUGCGUGUUGUUUGCGUACUUUUUCGUCAGUGACGAACGGCCCGAGAGCCGACCGCAGCUCAAGUAUUGGCCGUCGAACAAUUUCGAACUGGGCGUACCGUACGUGUCGGUCAAUUGCUACAAGAAGCUGGACGAUCACAUUUAGGUUUAAGUGCGCGGUGAACGAUCUGUGUUAGAAAAGCGUACUAAUUGCAUUAUAACAGUAACAGCUGAAGUAAUGGGAUAUCUGCUUAAAUUAUAGUAUGAAAGAUAAGUACAAAAGCAGCAAUGAGAAUUGAAGUGGAAACGGAGAAACUCAUUACUGCCACAAGAAGAUUGUGUCAUAAAGCCAAAAAUAAAGUUUCCAAAAAUUGUAGUGAGCUUAUUAAUGCGGUACUAAUACUAGAAUAGCGAGAUUUAUAGUGAUUUACCAAGAGUAGCAGUAGUAUAAUAAUUCGUUUUAGAUUGCGAAAAUCCUUGCUUUAUUCUCUCUCCAAACAAAAUAAUCUCGAUUAGCUAUCGAAGUGAUCUAACUAGUGAUUGUACUACUUUUUGCCUUAGAAUGGUGUAUAGAAUCGUCGAUUUAUAUAAAAAGUUAUUUCUAGUUUUAGAAAAAGAUUUUAAGGAAAGGUGUUAAAUAAAGCGAUUUAAGCCGAUUUUAAUUUAUUAAA